GCGAUAAACGUUUAAAGCUUUAAAAAAGAAAUAAAUAGUCUAAAAAAAGGCCAGAAGCAGAAGCUCAUCUACAACAACAAAAAUCAAAUCAAAUCAAAUCAAAACCCCAUAUUCGCAUUUAAUUGCGCAGCGCCCGGCGGAGAGAACAGAGGAAAACAGAGUCAAAGUGGGAGUGGAAGUGGGAUUAGAGUUCAGGACCACAGACGCCUCCAUUGACAGCUUCUGUUGCAGCUUCAGGUGCGGGAAUUCGUGAAACGAGAGGAUUGCCUCGUAAGCAGCAGCAGCAGCCGGAGCCGCAGGAGCCACUAACCAACAGAAGAACUCAUAUUGCAACAUUGUGUAGCCUCCUCAUCUGCUAAUAAAAGACCGUAAAUCAUCGAAGGAUCCAGUUCCACCCACCGCCCAUGGCUGACGACGAUUUGCGGGCUCUGGUGGACAGCCUGGAUGACGCCUCGCCGGAGAACCUGGCCAAUGUCAUAGCCAACUUCUCGCUGGAUAUGCUGCAGAGGGCGAGCGCCCUAAUUGGCGCCCAGCAGCCGCACAGUGGGGCGCUGCUCAUCAAUCGCACGCAACAAUGCCAACAGCAGAGCCAACAGGAGGAUGAACUGGAGGCCACAGUCACGGCAGCAGCAGCAGCGGCAGGUGGCAAGCGGAUCUUACACUGUCCCAGCGCAUUCGAUUCGGUGCUGUGUUGGCCACGCACCAAAGCCGCCACCCUGGCCGUGCUGCCCUGCUUUGAGGAGUUCAAGGGCGUGCACUACGAUACCACAGAGAAUGCCACGCGAUACUGCUUCGAGAAUGGGACCUGGGAUCAUUAUUCGGACUACGAUCGCUGCCACCAGCAGUCAGGCUCCGUGCCAAUGGUUCCUGAUUUCUCCCCCAGCGUGGACCUGCCGGCCAUUAUCUAUGCCUGUGGAUACUUCAUCAGUUUUGCCACCCUGGUGGUAGCCCUCAUCGUAUUCCUUAGCUUUAAAGACUUGCGCUGCCUGCGAAACACGAUUCAUGCGAAUCUAUUCCUCACCUACAUCACCUCCGCUCUGCUGUGGAUACUCACGCUGUUCCUGCAAGUGAUAACCACGGAGUCUAGUCAAGCUGGCUGCAUUACGCUAGUCAUCAUGCUGCAAUACUUUUACUUGACCAACUUUUUCUGGAUGUUCGUCGAAGGCCUCUAUUUGUACACCCUGGUGGUGCAAACAUUCUCCAGCGAUAACAUCAGCUUUAUUAUCUAUGCCCUCAUUGGCUGGGGCUGUCCCGCUAUAUUCAUUAUGGCCUGGGCCAUAGCCAAAGCGUUUGCCCCCCAUCUGGAGAAUGAUCAUUUCAAUGGGGUGAGUACUGCUAUACCAUCCCAUUUAUCUUAAUUCUUUCUUUGGUUCUGGAUUCAGCUGGAAAUCGACUGCGGAUGGAUGCGAGAAUCUCACAUUGAUUGGAUAUUCAAGGGGCCCGCCUCGGUGGCUCUGCUUGUUAACUUGGUAUUUCUCAUACGCAUCAUGUGGGUGCUCAUUACCAAACUCCGUUCGGCACACACCCUGGAGACGCGGCAGUAUUACAAGGCAUCCAAGGCCCUUCUAGUGCUCAUUCCCCUCUUUGGGAUCACCUACCUGCUGGUCCUCACUGGCCCCGAACAGGGUAUCAGUCGCAAUCUCUUUGAGGCCAUACGGGCAUUUCUCAUCAGCACACAAGGCUUUUUUGUGGCGCUCUUCUAUUGUUUCCUCAACUCGGAGGUGCGCCAGACGCUAAGGCAUCGCUUCAUUCGUUGGCGCGAGAGUCGGAACAUCCAUCGGAGUAGCUCCAUCAAGAACCGCAGGCAUCGCGCCUCCAAAGACUACUCGCAGAGAUCGCGAACCGAAAGUCUACGACUGACCUCAACAAGUCCCGUACCCACCGGACACUAUGAAUGAUCGAUCACCACACACACAAAAGCCACAAACCACAAACACACACACCGAUCUAUGUACACUAUACAGAGAUUUCCUCCUA